AUGACAACGAACCAUGUGGAAGCCGACUUCAAUGUCCACAGCAUCUCCAACACCCUUUUUAUGUGCUCUUUGUACAUUGUACUGGGUAAGUCGCAUGAUUAAUUUGAUUUCAUUUUUUCUCGGGCUAUUUUCGCAUGGUCUGGGGAAGUAUUUUACGGCUUAAUAAGCCCUGCUUACCCUUAAAAUAGCAAUGUUACAGUGGCGGAAUUGACCCAGUGGCAAACAAUUUAUCAUUUUGUAUCCGGGAAGUAUCAAAAAAUGUGGCAAAAUACCUACCUCUCCAAGUGAAAAAAACACUUUUUUGAGCACUUUCCUUCGCAAAAAGAGCAACUGUCAGCCCCAGUGUACAGUGACGGACCUGAGCCAGUGGCAAAAAAUCUACCAUUUUGAAUCCGGGAAGUACCAAAAAUGUGGCAAAAUGCCUCCAUCUCCAACUAAAAAAAAACUCCGUUUUGAAGGGCUCCUUCACAAAAAGAGCAUAUGCAUUUUUGAAAUCGCAUUUUUUCACUUGGAGAGGGAGGUAUUUUGCGACAUUUUUGAUACUUCCUGGAUGCAAAAUGGUAGAUUUUUGCCACUACUCCAGCACUGUUACAAAAAUUUUCAAAAAUUGUUACACAUUUUACAUUACUUUCAGGUACCGUAGCGAUGAUAGCCAAUCUUCUGAACAUCCUAAUCUUCCUCACUCAUCGCGAUCUUCGAACGAACCAUGUCUUCUUCAUUGCGCUGGAUUUCGGUGAGAUGAUCAACGGGCUUUCCUACGUUUUGACCGGAAUUGGCCGGGGAACGCACGCACUGCGCGGCGAUUAUGAUCGCCCAAUCACUGUUCACGAGUGCUUUUUUCAAAAAUUUUGGCCAAUUCCCUUGAUUCUUGGGACCGAGAUUCCGGCUUUGAUGACGUUAUUGCAAAGUGCGGAGCGAGUUAUCGCCGUUGAAAAGCCCUCCGCUUAUAACCAAUUGUUUUCGGCGGAUCGGAAAAAGAUGUGGAUUGGAGGGAUGGCAAUGGUUCAGAUUGUAAGCAGGCUCUUCUAUUUUCUUUUUAGAUCAAAAUCAGCAAAAUUUUUAAUUCUUAAGCAACCAAAUCUGCAACGAGAGAAAAAGUUGACUCAAUGGGUCAAGUGUUGCAUUAUGACGGGAAAAACAAAAAAAGUGUUACAAAAUUUUACAUUAGCUUCAAAUUAAUUUGUUGUUUGUAUUUUACUUUUUUUAUUCCCUCAUUCUACCUUCUAAACACCGACAGAAACACUUGACCCAAAGUGUCGACUCUUCCUUUAAUCUAUGUUUAGUGGCUAUUAUUCGGUAUUGUAAUGCACGAAAACAGAUUUCAGCUUAUUUUAUCAACAGCCGCAGCUUCUUCAUGGCAUAAUCAGCGAGUGAAUGCUGAUAAACACUGUGCUAUUAUAAGUUCAACGGCCGGAUUCUUCAGCACCUUCCAUUUUAUUUUCAUUGUAAUGGCAUACAUGUUGAGUUUCUGUUCGUUAUACACGAUUCAUCACUUUUCACAGGUAAGAAACGCGAAAAAUCAGCAGGUGACAUUUUAUACGAUGGAAAUUUAAGAAAGAUUUUUUAUUGUAUAAAAUGUCGCCUGUAAAGAAAAUGAUAUAUUUUUGGUAUAAAACUGAAAGGAAUUAAAGUAAUAAUACAAAUACACUUUAUCAUCUUUUGCAGCAUAUUUUUUUCCAAAAAUGCCCAAAUUGUCAAAAGAACUUUUCAUCGUAUAAAAUGUCUACGACUGAAAAUUCUUCGCUUUUAGAGGCGAAAAAGUGAAGAAGGUAUCAUCAUGGUCUCUCGAAAUACAAAAGCUGACCAUCAGCUCACGGUUUUCUUGGUCAUGACGGCCAUGGAUAUUGUGCUAGUCACCAUCCCCGGAGUUGUCAUGCUGGGCGCCAAAUGGCAGUACUUCGCACCGAACGACCUGACAGUCGCUUUAACUUACUCUACGACUGGUUUCAUCUCACUGGUUCAUAUUUUCAUCAACUAUUAUUUUAACGAGUUGUUUCGGAAGCAAGUCCAAUAUUGGAAAUCAAAGGCGUUGCGGCAGACGAAGACGACAUCCGUUCAUACAAGGAGUUUUGCAACGAGAAGCAGUGCGAAGAGAGAGCAUUCUAACGCUACCGCUAUGUUCUGA